AUGGUCUGGUUUCUUACCUACCUAGGUAAUUCUGGUUCUGGUUCUGCUUCACCGUUCUGCUUCCUACGCGCAAGGCACAGGCACAGGCGCAGGCGCAGUGCGCGGCGUGGGUGGGCGGCGUGGGUGGGCGGCGCGGGUUGCGGUGUCACUCUUGUUCCCCUGUCUCUCCCUGCGUCCAGUCGACUACCUACAAAGUAUUCUUUUUGGCUCUUCUCUGCUUGUGACUUGUCCUCAAUUUGGGUCAAAUUUGGGUGCAAAUUUGGGGGCCGCCGCGGCCACCACCGCCGCACCACCAACAAGAUGCGUUUCUUUACCAAAUUGAAUUCUUCGGGCUUCUCCCCUCCCCUGCACAGCUGCAGUUGUCACCUGAGGAGGACCUGGUACGCCUGUGCUUCCUAUGACCGGGGGGAGGGAGGGGGGCGUGUAGUGUACCGUCGGGUGUUGAUGAGAUUGAUGACCCAAGAAGGGAAUGCGAGCGCGGCUGUGCCAUGUUCAAGUUGUGUCUGUUGGACGGGGGUGGGAUGA